AAUUUUUAGUGUUACUGUUCCUUUAAGUUAAUGUUUAUUAGGGCAUUCCCUUACUCCUCUCUGCAUUGCAAUGUUAGAGAAGCCACACAAUAAAGAGACAUCUGAGGAGCUAUAUGUGCAGGCAUGCCAAGAAGCUGGUGUUGUACCUGCCUCAUAUUUCAUGCGCCACAUGAAUGACACAAGUAUGGAACUUAAACAUCAUGGACUGGGACCCCGUGGUGCUCGGGCAAUUGCUGCAUCAUUACUGUCCAAUAAAUGCAUUACACACCUGAACCUAGAGGAUAACUGGAUUCAGCCAGAGGGAGCUUCUGACCUGGUGGAGAUGCUUAGAAAGAACUACUACAUUCAAGACCUGAAUAUUUCUAACAACCGUCUUGGUGUAUGUGGUGCAGAGGUAAUUUCCAAAAUGUUGCUGGACAACACAUCCCUUCUCUGCUUAAAACUAGCACAGAAUGAAUUUAAUGAUGAAUCUGUGAAGUACUUUGUUGAAGCAUUAUCUGCUAAUUUUCGCUUAACCGAGCUGGAUCUGAGUCACAAUGAGUUUUGUGAGAAAGGAGGCGAGUACCUUGGACAAAUACUGGCUUCUAAUGAGGGUCUGCAAGUGUUGAACCUCAGCUGGAAUCACAUUCGUAUGAAAGGAGCCAUUGCUCUCAGUGCUGGCCUGCGGGCUAAUGGGAUGCUUAAGAUCUUGAACCUUUCAUACAAUGGUUUUGGAAAUGAAGGAGCUUUGGCACUGGGUGAAGCACUUAGAGUGAAUUGCUCUCUGAUACAGCUAGAUAUCACUUGCAAUCGCAUAAACAAUGAGGGAGUAAGGCUGUUGUGCAAAGGACUGGAGAUCAAUGAAACCCUGCGUGUGCUAAAGCUCUCAAAGAAUCCCAUCAAUGUAGAGGCUGCUAUCCUUCUGCUCAACACAAUCUCUAAUAGGCCUGAAUGCAAGAUGGAGGAGCUGGACAUUUCUAACGUGCUAGUGAAUCCACAAUUUCUUGUUCGCCUGGAGACGGUGUCCUUGUAUCACCCAACAAUGCGUGUAUUGUAUGCUGGGGAGCAUGGAUUUGUCCCAAGAAAACCUGCCGGUCGUCAGGACCCGAUGAAGGUCAUUCAGAAUUACCUGAAUGAACGCAAACUGCGCAUGCUGGAUUUUUUUAAGAACAUGGAUAAAGAUAGCACUAUGAGGAUCCCAGUUAAUGACUUUCGGAGACACAUAACACAGGCUGGCCUUCCCCUGAAUAGUGCACAAUUGGAUGCACUGGUGCAAACACUGGACAGAGAGGAGACUGGCUUUGUGGACUACAGGGACCUUGUAGACACUCGGAACAAGAUGGUUAGAGACCAGCGUGAAGAGCAGCGACGCAAGGAAAGAAAGAAACGGCAGAAAAAGCAGCGUAGUGAACGAGCCUUGAGGUCCUUCCAUAGUGCAGUUAGGGCAUUUACUCCUCCUCCUGCCUCAAGGGGAGCCCUGGAUCACAGCACCAGCCCUGUUCAUGUCUCUGUCACUUCUCUUAGUUCCUGGUAUCAGGAAGAAGAACAAGGCCCCUCUCUUAGAUUUUCUGCCACGAAGAGGAAGACCACAGAGGAAGAAAGUGUCCUGCAGAGCCAGGGUGCUGAGCAAUAUUACAGUUCACAGGGAAGUCUAGGUUCCCAGUGUCUCUCUGAGCCUCUUACUCUCCUGGAAAGAAGUUCCUCCCCUCUCUGUGACAGUGGAUAGAAGGAAUCUAUAGUGUAAUGUAUGGAUGUACAGCGCUGCGUACAUAAGUAGCCCUUUAUAAAUAAAGAUAUACAUACAU